UUUAAGUAUUUGAAAGGAGCGGCGCUAAUAGUCUCUAAUAACAAACGCUUGUUAAAAUCAAAGAAAACUGCGAUGGAGGAAAGUUACUUCUAAAAGAAAGAGUGUAUCACAACUCACAACUGAGUUGAUUUGGUGAGAUCGGAGGCGGCGUUCUAGGAUGGACAUGGAAACCGUCAAGGAAUAUUUAGAGAAUUCGGCCAACAUCGAUGGCGAUGAACUGCCUUUGAGAUUCUUCGAACGCCUAAUCAUGCAUGGUCUCCGCGUUGAUCUCAUUGAAACCAGUCGAGUCAUUUGCACUUUCAAGGUCUCCCCUCGUCUGCUGAACGGCAGUAAUUACUUGCAUGGUGGGGUCACAGCGACACUUGUGGACUUGGUUGGCUCAGCAGCAGUAUACACUGUUGGAGCUCCAUUCACUGGGGUUUCAGUUGAGAUAAACGUCUCUUACAUGGAUGCUGCAUAUGCUGAUGAAGAAAUUGAGAUAGAAGCAAGGGCUUUGCAUGUUGGGAAGGCAGUUGCUGUUCUCAGUGUUGAGUUUAGGAAGAAAAAUACUGGGAAAAUUAUCGCUCAAGGCCGUCAUACAAUGCACCUGUCUCUACCAAGUAAAAUGUAAAUGACAUUAUAAUUUGAAUAACCAUCCUCAUAAUUCCUCCAUUAGGAAUGAACAAAAUGCGUUGGUUCAUGUGUAUUCAGAAUACACUAUUUAUUCAUGAUUUUUUAUUAGACAACUUUAGUCGAAUUUCAUGUGAAGUUACUUUCUGUGCUUCCUCUAUAUUGUCACAACUUGCCUUGCUUUGCCUGGUUGUUUAAACCGUCUGCCAGCAUGAAUCACUGAAUGGCAUAUUGGAUCUUUAUA